CAAAGACCCAUAACAAAGACUAGACCAAGAAAAAGAUGGAUCAAGAGGCUUUUUUGCGUGAGAGGAUUGAAAAAGCACAAGCGCAAUUGCAAAAGCUGCGUGAUGAAAAUCGAGUUUUGAGGGCUCGACAAAUUAUGUGGGGUUGUAUCGAAGGAACUAUUGAUGUGUGUCAACUCGGUGAAAAGGAUCUUCAAGAUUUGAGUUCUGUUAUUGAUGACUAUCUCGAUAGCCUUAAAAGCAGGAUUGAGUACCUUAAGAAGAAUGGUGAGCCUUCUUCUUCUUUACCUCCUCGUGUUCUUCAAGAUCUUAAUGUUGAAGAGGAUGGGGACAUUCCUUCCAUGGAUGGCAGCCAUCACCAGUCUGAAACUAAUCGUCUCGCUACCAUCACUACCACCGCUGAUGCUUGUGCGCCUAACAUCACCAAUAAUCCUUAGUCCUAUAGGGAUUUUUAUCCGAUUGAAUAAUUUAAUAAUUUGUAUUUCUGUUUUUUUAUCAUUUUUAAAGUUCAAAUUUCGAAGUUAUGUUUUCUUAUUUUUCUAAUAAUUAAAGGGUUUCACUUUAAAUUUGUUGUUAUGUUAUAUCUAUUUACUAAG